CGAGCAAAGAGAGAGAAAGCGGGUUUUCCGGCGACAGGACGAAUGAGAAAAAGGUGGUGGGGUGACACGUGGAGAGACUAGGCCCCUCGGAUCUCCCAUGAGAGAACUAUCAUGAAACGAGAUUCAAGAUUGGCAAGAGAGAGAAAGAGUGAUACGAUCUCACUCCGUCUCAAUCAGGGAGGGAAAAGGGAGUGGGUGUAUGUAAGACAGUGGAAGAGAGAGGGAGUUUUCCUAUCUUUGCUUUUUGUGGAGUUCAGAGAGACUUAAAUUGGGAGUGCAGAGAAUUGCUCUUUAGAUGGGCGGCGCUGCAGGACUGCGAAAAAUUCCGUGAUUUAAUGCUCCCCAAAAAACUCCACAGAGAGGAAGAGAGAGAGAGAGAGAGAGAGACCCAUCAUAGAAUUUAGGGUUCUUUUCCAAACUCCCACCUUGCUCAAUUCUCCUGGGUUUUUGAGGGUUCUGGUUGUGGGAGUGGUAGGGUUCUUGGUAUGAGUAAAAGAUAAAGAGAUAACAGAGAAUAGACGCAGGGAAAAAGAAAGAGAGAGAGAGAGAGGAGAGGAGAGGAAGAGAUGAGGAGGAAAGAGUACUACUAUGUAGGGAGAGCAGGCCAACCGAAGAGAGAGGGAUGGGGAGAGAAUUGAGCUCUCCACCAACGCCUUCUGAUCCCUCUUGUCCAUGGCAGGGAGCUCCUGAGAGGAAAGAAGACAGGUGGGAAUCAUGGUGAAUACUUGUCAGGACUGCGGGAACCAAGCCAAGAAGGACUGCGCCCACAUGCGAUGCCGGACGUGCUGCAAGAGCCGAGGCUUCCAAUGCCAGACCCACGUCAAAAGUACUUGGGUGCCUGCCGCCAAGCGCAGGGAGAGGCAGCAGCAGCUCGCCGCCGCCGCAGCCGCUGCUCAACAGCAUCGCCACCACCACCACCAUCAGCAGCGCCAACACCAGCAGCUCAUCGAUAAGCCACGGAGGCUCACACCAGGGAGUUUGCCUGCAGAGGUGAGCGCUCCUGCUGUGUUCAGGUGCGUGAGAGUGAGUGCAAUGGAGGAGGGGGAGGAUCAGUUUGCAUAUCAGACGGCUGUGAGCAUCGGCGGCCAUGUCUUCAAGGGUAUCCUCUAUGAUCAAGGUCCAGAUGCCGAUACGCAUUACCAUCAGAUGGGUUCUAUAGAGAACAUUGUUAACACCACCACUUCUACGACCGCCGUUAUUGAUCCUUCAUCCCUGUACCCACAUCCCCUUAAUGUUUUCAUGGCAGGUACGCAAGACCCUCACCACAGAUUCUGAGAUGAACCUGUCUUGGAAAUUACCUUUCCUUUAUCUUGCAUCUGCCAUAUUCCAAACCCUCAAAAUCUCUUAUUUCAGAACUCUCUCUCUCUCUCUCGCUCUCGGUGAGAAUGUACAACAUGUGGUUGUUGGCAAGACAAAACUUGUCUGGAGAAGAGGUAGCGAACGCUUGCUUGCAGAGAUUGAGUAGUGCAGUCAUUCCCAUUUCCAACUCUACAAGUUAAAAGAUUAUCAAUAUCGUUCUUUCUUUC